GGUUAUAUUAUAUGGUCUGUGUGUGCGCUUGGGCAGUACAUGCUGUGUAUGCGUCGCCUGCGCGUGCGCCGGACUGUGCAGCGCCACACUAGUGCACCGCGUCACGAUGAAGCUGGACAACAGUCUCACUGCCGAGAACAUCAACCAGAACCUGCUGAACAUCAAGUAUGCAGUGCGCGGACCCAUCCUAGAAAGGGCCAUACAGAUCGAAAGGGAGAUACAGAAGGGAGUGCCGAAGCCGUUCGAGCGCGUGGUGCGCGCCAACAUCGGAGACUGCCACGCGCUCGGACAGAAGCCCAUCACCUUCAUCCGACAGGUGCAGGCGCUGGCGGCGUGCCCGGCGCUGGCGAGCUCGGCCGCCGUGCCGGAGGACGUGCGCCAGCGCGCGCAGGAGAUACUCGAUGACUGCACCAAGAGCUCGGUGGGCGCGUACUCGCCGUCGGCGGGGCUGCAGGUGGUGCGCGCGCGCGUGGCGCAGUUCCUGAGCGCGCGGGACGGCGUGCGCGCCUGCGCAGACGACAUCUACCUCGGCUCCGGCGCCUCGGACGUCAUCAAGGCCGUGCUCACCAUGUUCGUGCAGGACGUCGACGGGAAACCACCAGCGGUGAUGAUCCCGAUCCCGCAGUACCCGCUGUUCUCGGGCACGCUGGCGGAGCUGGGGCUGCGCCAGGCGGAGUACUUCCUGGCCGAGGAGCAGCAGUGGGCGCUGGACGUGGACGAGCUGCAGCGAUGCUGGAGUCGCGCCAGCCAGGACUGCGCCGUGCGCGCGCUCGUCGUCAUCAACCCCGGGAACCCCACCGGACAGGUGCUUACUCGUGAGAACAUGGAACAAAUCGUGAAGUUCGCGUACGAACACAACCUGUUCCUGCUGGCGGACGAGGUGUACCAGGAGAAUAUCGUCAGCAAGCCCUUCUUCUCUUUCAAAAAGGUGAUGCACGAGAUGGGCGCGCCGUACAGCAGCAUGGAGCUGGCGAGCUUCGUGACGUGCUCGAAGGGCUGGGCGGCCGAGUGCGGGCAGCGCGCCGGCUUCGUGGAGCUGCGCGCCGCCGCCGCCGCGCCCGCCUUCCGCGUGGCGCGCGCCGUCAUGCAGUGCCCCAACGUGCUGGGCCAGUGCAUCCUCGACUGCGUCAUGCAGCGCCCCGCGCCCGGCGACCCCUCCUACCCGCAGUUCGCGCAGGAGCUCAGCGACAUCCGCCAGGUGCUGGCCGAGAGGACGCAAACUGCCUACGAGACCUUCAACUCCAUUCCCGGAUACUUUUGCAACCCUAUUGAUGGUUCCAUGUUUGCGUACCCUCGUGUGAGCAUCCCGGAGGCGGCGCAGGCGGCGGCGCGCGAGCUGCACAUGUCUCCCGACGAGUUCUACUGUCUGCGACUGCUUGAGGAAACAGGUGUGUGCGUGAUCCCGGGCACCGGGUUCGGUCAGCUGCCGGGCACGUUCCACUUCCGCACCACGAUCCUGCAUCCUCGCGACGAGUUCCAGCACAUGAUGGACAGCAUCCGAAGGUUCCACCACGACUUCCUGCAGCGAUACUCCUAGCCUGAGCCCUCGCGCAAGUGAACCGUCCAGAGCGAAUGCGAAAGAAGAAGAGAGUCAGCUCAAUAAUAAUAAGUUAUACUAAUAAUAAGUGUAUGCAUGAACUUUAGAUGUGGUGCUGGGGGCGGAGUGACCUGGCUGUGUGCGCGCGGGUCACUGCGCCUGGCCGGCCUCCAGGCUGCCCGCUAAUAAUACUCCGCACAGCCUCACACUGCUCGACUGGAUAACUACAACAUAUCUAUCUAUGUGUAUUUUAACACGAAAUUAUGUAUUAAUAUGCAAUAAAAAGUAUUUUUGUUGGAACUUUUAUGUUGAA